AUGUCUGCCUCUACAGACGAAGAAGCCGACUACCUCUCCGACGACCACAGCUCUUCUGCCUCGUCGUCCUCGUCGUCCUCCGGAUCCCCUUCCUCAUCCCCCCAACGUCCCGCCAACCCCGUGCCCACCAACUUUUUCGCGCCGCCCUUUUACGGACGUCCUCCGACACCGCUUCCCCCUUCGCCCUCACUCACCUCUCUCCUCCGACCUUCACGCCCAACCACACCCGACGCGUCCGACGACAACGACCACCACCGCCACCACCACCAUCCGCACCACCACCACCACAGCGCCGGCGCCGACGGCCAGCACCACCAGCACCAGUACCACCGCGCGGGCCCGCCCGUGCCGCACGCCGCGCCGCGCGUGCCCACGUACGAGUACUACGGCUUUGUGCUGUACCUCCUCAGCGGCCUCGCCUUUCUCGCCUACCUGCUAUGGAGCUACCUGCCGUCGCCGUUUUUGCACGGCCUGGGCAUAUACUACUACCCGGACCGGUGGUGGGCGCUCGCGACGCCGGCGUACCUCGUCAUGACGCUCGUGUACAUUUACGUGGCGCUGGCGUCGUAUAACCUCGAGAUGCUGACGCUGCCGCUGCACCGCGUCGAGACGGUCGUGGAUGAUGCGGGCCAGCUGGCCGUGGUGGACGCAGAGGGGAAGCUCAGGGGGAGUAGCAGCAGCAGGCAGAGCAACAAGCAGGAGGAGGUGGAGGAGGAAAAGGAGGAGGAGGAGGAGGAAAAGGAGGAGGAGGAGGCGAUGGCCAAGGUGGAGGGGGAGAGGGAGAGGACGUUGCAGGAAGACGAGAAACUUGCCGCAUUCGAUACGGCUUGA